CCACUCUCUACCCUCUCUUUUCCUUUCCCCAAACCCCUUUCUCUUCAUUUUCUUAAAGAUAAAUCACAAGCAGCUUCUUUAACUGUAUGCAGAGAUUUUCAUGUUAAAUUUAUUUUUUUAAUUAUCUGUUUCUUUGUAUUUCAACCCCUUGUUUGUGUGUUUAAUCUUUUGGUGUGAUCAAGCUUCAAGCUUCAACCUUGCAGCAUAAAGAUUCAAGAACUGACUGACCCAUGAAAAACCCAUCAUAAAGUUUUGAUCUUUUUGAUAAAUUUGAGUUGGGUUUUUCUUUAAACUAUCUGUUAUCAUACAUUUCAUGCUCAAUUUUGUUUAAAUUUGUGGGUGGGCUGGUGAAAGAUUAGUGUUAGGUAAAUGCAUGGAUGGAAGGGAGGGAAUGCCAUCGUUUUAUCUCAACAGAGGAGUUAGUGGGUCGGGUCAUCACACCGGGUCGGAUCAUCACACCGGGUCGGGUACCCCUGGUGGUGGAAUCCAAGUCCCACCUGGUUUCAAAACCCAAACAAGCCCUAAAAUGUCUCCUCAUAGUAAUAACAUGAGGGUGGGUCCCAUGGGUUCAACUUACUCAAUGGUACCUCAUGGUAUUAACAUGAGUGAUGGUGGUGGUGGUGGCGGUGGCGGUGGUUUGGGCUCCAUUGCCACCACUAGAAGUGGGUCUGAUUUUGUUGUGAAGAAAAAGAGAGGUAGGCCUAGGAAAUAUGGUGGAGAUGGGUCACAUAUGACUCUAGCGCUCACGCCCGCAUCGUCGGUUGGUGGUUCGGCUGGUUCGGUCACACCGACGGCGAAAAAGAGCAGGGGGAGGCCACCUGGCAGUGGUAGGAAACAAAGACUUGCAGAUGUUGGUGAGUGGAUGUCUGCUUCCGCAGGAACGGCUUUUACACCUCACAUCAUCCAUGUUGAAAUUGGAGAGGAUGUUGCAGCAAAGAUACAUUCAUUUGCACAACAAAGGCCAAGAGGUCUAUGCAUAAUGUCGGGAAAUGGUUCGGUCUCUGUGGUGCAGUUACGCCAAUUUGCAUCUUCUGGUGGCACCGUGACUUAUGAGGGCCGUUUCGAGAUACUAUGCUUAUCAGGCUCGUAUCUGCUCCCUGAAACCGGUGCACCUAACAACCGAACCGGAGGUCUAAGUAUAUCCAUUUGCAGUCCAGAUGGUCAUGUCAUCGGUGGUGCAAUAGGCGGUAGGCUCAUCGCAUCCAGCCUGAUUCAGGUGGUCGCAUGCAGUUUUCUGUAUGGCGGUAACACUUCUAGAAAGGUGAAAACCGACACACCUUCGGCAGAUGAAAAGCGUCCCGGUGUUCAACUCAACGAGACUAGCACAGCUCCUAACCAGAUGAUUGCAUGGCCACAAGAUUCACGUGCCGAAACGAGUAACUCCCAUACUGAGAUCGACCUGACCCGUGGAUGACUGGGCAUCUCUGUAUAGGCUUCUUGUUGUAAAUGGUGAAAAGCAGAGAGUUGAUUGAUCUUUUAGAGUAUUAUUGGCCUCCUUGUGUCAUUUUAUUUGUAGAUUAUGUCGGGCUAGCGUAUUUGUAACGGAAAAGUUAGCAUUUUUUACGAGUUAAUUAUUGUUUUCG